GCUUCUACUUCUUCCGCCUUCAAUCCAAUUCGCAGCUACAGGUAUGGUAUACACUGAGCGCGUUGUAUGACAUUCUUCAAUAGACUAGACAGCUAAUCAACGUCGUGACCGGACCGGCGUGAUGGCAUCCCCUCUCCAUGCCACCGCCACACACCUUCCCAAACUCAGCAGCACUUACUGCCCCAAACAUUCCGCUGCACACAACCACUCUUCCUUAACCUCUAGGCGCGAGAUGCCUUCGCCUCUCCUCUCUCACCCUCAUUCUUCUUCAAGAGGCAGAAAUCGUAGCGUGAGGAGAAUUGUGUGCGAUUCCCAUAGCAAUCUUUUCAACAUGGCUCCUGGAACUCCGGUGAGACCCACGAGCAUAAUGGUUGUGGGGGCUACCGGAACCCUAGGAAGGCAGAUUGUGAGGAGAGCUCUAGAUGAGGGGUAUGACGUCAGGUGCCUCGUUCGGGCUAGGCCUACUCCUGCUGACUUCCUCCGUGAUUGGGGUGCAACUGUUGUCAAUGCAGACUUGAGCAAACCAGAGACAAUACCGGCUACAUUGGUUGGGAUCCAUACAGUUAUUGACUGUGCUACUGGUCGUCCUGAAGAGCCCAUAAAAACUGUAGACUGGGAAGGAAAAGUUGCUCUAAUGCAAUGCGCAAAAGCAAUGGGCAUUCAGAAGUUCAUUUUUUUCUCAAUCCACAACUGUGACAAGCAUCCAGAAGUUCCUCUCAUGGAGAUCAAGUUCUGCACCGAGAAGUUUCUUCAAGAUUCCGGUCUGAACCACAUAAUUAUUCGCCUCUGUGGUUUUAUGCAGGGUUUGAUUGGGCAAUAUGCAGUACCUGUUUUAGAAGAGAAAUCUGUCUGGGGAACCGACGCUCCUACACGGAUCGCAUAUAUGGACACCCAAGAUAUUGCUCGAUUGACCUUCAUAGCUUUGCGCAAUGAGAAUAUCAAUGGAAAGCUUCUAACUUUUGCAGGUCCUCGGGCAUGGACGACCCAAGAGGUGAUAACAUUGUGUGAGAGGCUGGCUGGGCAAGAUGCGAACGUCACCACAGUUCCAGUUUCAGUUUUGCGUUUCACACGCCAACUCACUCGUUUCUUUGAGUGGACAAAUGAUGCCGCUGACCGAUUGGCAUUUUCAGAGGUUUUGACAAGUGAUGAGGUUUUUUCUGUUCCAAUGGCGGAGACGUACAAGACUCUAGGUGUGGAUGCAAAAGACAUAGUUACACUGGAGAAAUACCUACAAGAUUAUUUUACAAACAUACUCAAGAAGUUAAAGGACCUUAAAGCACAAUCAAAGCAGGCUGACAUUUACUUCUGAAAUUUCUAUUUUAUAAUAGGGGAUUUAAGACGCCCCUUGUAAUCUGG